AUGUUGUGAUUGGUUGCGUAGUACGAUGUGUCAAAAUAUGAUAGUGAGAGGCGUGGUGUUGCAGUACAAGAAAUGAUAACAAUGUAAACUGUUGUUGAGCGUCAUGAAGUGUGGUUGACUGGCAGCUUCAAUUUUAAAAUGUAGGAGUUAGUCCACAUCCCAAAUGGGAGCUGGAAAACUCAACCGUAUCUAACAGGACUUAAUCGUUAUGAUACGGGUGAACCUGAAACUUAUGCUGUUCCUCCUAUGUAUUAUUGCGAUAUGUAUGACACUACCUUUGUGGAUGAAGUGUGGGGAAGCUGUAUAUGCCAGAAAAUCUCAUUCUGUAGAUUGGAACAACAAGAAACCUUCAAAUAGUGUUCCAGGUCUAGGUGCAGGUGAUUUGCUGGAUCAUGGUACCGACAUACAGGGCUUUGAAGAAAUUGACUGCAGUAUUAACGGUGAAUAUACAGUGAGCUGCAGGAAAGAAGGGGGAGAAGUAUAUGUACCAUUUUCAUUUCUCAAUAAAUAUUAUGAGGUUUUUGGGAAACUUGCUACCUAUGAUGGGUAUGAAAGAUUUGAAUGGUCUCAUAGUUAUUCCAAGAUUUACAAACCUAAAGGAAAAUAUGAUCCAAAAGGAGUGUUCAUGUAUUUUGAGAACUACAAUGUUGAAGUUCGGGAGAGGGUCAAAUGUGUCAGUGCUGUGGAAGGAGUACCGGUGUCAACUCAGUGGCAACCUCAGGGUUACUUCUAUCCCACACAGAUAGCACAGUUUGGCUUAGCACAUUAUAGUAAAAACAUGACCGAGCCAGAACCUCAUCAAGUGGUUGUGGAGGAUGGAGAUAAAGAGAGAGGAAGUUGGAGAGUUCCUAAAGACGCUGAGCUUAAUUAUAUAAAAAAUGGCACAGGGAACUAUAUUGUCUGUUUUAAGAGCCAAGAAAACAUUGUAGAUGGUGUCACAAUACAGCUUGAUCAUGUUAUGGAUUUGGUACUGAGCCUUAACUUCAAGCUCGAGGGCAAUGGUAGUUUCACAGUGACACUGCAGAAUCGUGAGAAGCAUGAGUGGUUCUAUCUACACUACAUCAGCUCUGACCUCCUUAUAUCUGCCCAGGAUCAGCACACCUACCAUGGUAUUGGUCAUCAAUCUGAAUGGCGCCUUCUGACACGUGAUCUCAUCAUUGACCUACAGAAAGGUCUGGCAUAUCAGAAGAAGCCCAAAAGAAAGCUGUUCAGAUCCAAAAUAAAGGUUGUAGCUUUGACAUUUCAUGGAAUUGGGUGUGUGGAUAAUAUAACUCUCUCAUCCAGUCAACACAUUGCUCAGUUUUAUGAUGCUGCCCGGUGGCUUGUUAACCACCAAGACUCAAAUACAGGUGGUUGGCCUAAUGCUGUACGCAGGAGGCUGUCAUCUGGAAUGUUAGAUCUUGAACCAGGCUGGUACUCAGCAAUGGGCCAGGGCCACGCAAUUUCUGUCCUGGCACGUGCAUACCACCAUUCAGGAGGAGACCCACAGUAUCUUCAAGCUGCUGUCGCUGGACUCAAACCAUUUCGUGUGUCAAGUCAGAAUGGAGGUGUGCUAGCAAUGUUUCUUGACCAACUACCUUGGUAUGAAGAAUAUCCUACACAGCCCUCCUCUUUUGUGUUAAAUGGAUUCAUUUAUUCGUUACUAGGACUGUAUGAUUUGCAGACAAUUGCACCAUCUGACACAGCUGCUGAGGCAGCAGAUCUAUUCAAGCGUGGUAUGAGGUCACUCAAGACAUUGCUACCACUGUUUGACACAGGUUUUGGGUCUGUUUAUGAUUUACGACAUUUUACAUUGGGAACAGCACCUAAUCUAGCACGGUGGGACUACCAUGCCACUCAUGUCAACCAACUGCUGUUGCUUGCUACCAUUGAUUCGGAUACCCUUCUGGCAGAAACAGCUGAUCGUUGGGCAGGCUACAUGAUGGGCAAGCAUGCAGCACACAACUGAAGCUGAACAAUUUCUUUACAGCAUGUGAAACAUGUUAUUUGGUAAUCAACUUUAUUUUGUUGUAUGUACUUAUGUUUGUCAUGCUAAACUUCUCUCCGAUGCUAUGCAUGGCUGUAAGAGACAUAACACUGCAUUAUGGUAAGAAAGUUUACAGUAUGAUUUGUUCUUGGUAACAUUACAUGGUAAAUGACUUUAUUUUCUGUUAGUUUUAAUAGAUUUAUACAUUAGG